AUGUACAAUAUUGCCUGGGGGACUGGUGCGGCGGCCCCGUCGAGCCGUACCGCUGGCAGCUCGAGCGCGCACGCGAGCCUGGCGCCGGGCAGCGUGGACCACGAGGACGAGGCGAUGCCGAGCGAGCAAGCGGGCGCGGCGUCCGCGCAUGUGCCGAGCGACGCCGCCCCCGUAGGGCCACCCGACCCCAUCGCCCAGACGCCCGCCUACCCACCGCCGACGGGACCAGAGCACGGGAGGGAGUUUCGCUCCGACGAGGACGGGGACGGCCCCACCGGGACCGAGGCCGAGGGUGUCGCCUACGCCGAAACCCUCGCCGAGGCCGAGGGUGUCGCCUACGCCGAAACCCUCGCCGAAGCCAAGCGCGCCGCCGACGAGCGACUCCGCGCCGCUCUCGCUGCGUGCCCGCUAUCGGGAAAGGUGAUGAGGAGGGGCGAACACGUCGAGUACCUCACCACACGGGUGUCCCCCCCGGAACGCGCCAGGGCCGGGUGGGCCGAUGACCCGCCGCCAUCGGCCUAUCGACGGGCGGCUGGAGCGGUCAUCCUCGUCCGCAACCCACCGGACCACGCGGCCGCUCCCACAGGCGGCGAGGCCGGCUCCAGCAGCGAUCACGCCGAGGCGGAGGACGGCGCGGAGCUCGACGGCGGGGUGGAGCCGUGGGCCAUCGCCGAGAUGGAGGAGCGGGAGGCGGCGCAGGCGCGACACGGGCAGCAGCAGGCCAGCGGGCGUCGCCGAAACGCGGGGCGCCGGCGGCGCAACACGCAAGACGACGGGGCCUUCUUGCGAGACCUCAUGGCAGGCGCGCCCGAGCCGCCCGAAGGGCAGCACGACGCCACGCCGUUCGCCUCCCUCGACGCGUUCCCGAGCUCCGACGAGAGCAGCGACGACGGCGUGAGGGCCCCCCUCGUAGCGAACGCGAGCCCGGCGAGGAGAGAGGCCAUGAGCGCGUUCGCCGCCACCGGACUCGUCGCCGCCUGCCUCGCGCCGCAGCCGCCAUAG